UAACACAGAGAGUGUCCCCCAUGCGUGUUUUGAGUAAAAGUGGUGUAGUUACAUUAUCGGUGUAUUAUAGCAGGUGUUUAUUCAACGUUAAUGUUAAUAUUGGACAUAAUAUCGUCGUUGUGUUUUGCGAUAUUUUGUCCAAAAUGGAGACAGACGUGUCCAGAUAGUCAAAGGAAAAGUUAACGGUCGUUUUUCCUUCAUUUGUGGAAAUUUCUGGAAAGUAGUGUGAUUGCUUCCCUGAGCUGAACUGUCAUGGAGUGUUUGGACGAGAAGCUCAAAGGUCUGUCCAUCGCUCGGCGGUCUCGUCCUGAGGAACCCACCUACCUGCUGCACGUCGCCCUGCAGCCGACCAGCCUGCUGGCAGUGUCCUGCUCCAACUUCACCAUCCACCUGCACAACAAGGACACUCUGAACCUGGUGGGAGAGUAUCAGGGCCACAGCGGGCCUCUUUGUGGGGUUACAUUUGCCCACAGCUCCCCUGACCUCCUCUACUCUGGUUCGGCUGAUGGGACGGUCCGGGGCUGGGAUGUCCGCCGGCCCGGGACAGAGUCGGUUCAGAUGUUUAAAAGUGACCCGUCGCACAGCUACUGCAGCUUUGACCUCAGCUGCAGCGACACGCUCCUGUGUGCAGGCACUGAGCAGGUAAACGACGAGGACAGCUUUCUGGUUUUCUGGGACGUAAGAAAACCAGGUGGUGGACUUCUAGGGGUGUACUCUGAGUCACACAGUGAUGACAUCACACAGGUGUGCUUCCACCCUCGAGACAAAGACCGCCUGGCGUCUGGCUCCACAGACGGCCUUGUUAAUGUGUUUGACCUGAGCCGGGGAGCGGAGGAGGAGGCGCUGCUUGCCACCUGUAACAGCGACUCCUCCGCUGGCUCAGUCUGCUGGUCCGGAGCAGACUACACCCAGCUUCUGUGCCUCAGCCACGACGAGGGGUUACACCUGUGGGACCUGGGCCAGCUGGACACAGACGAGCCUCUCACCAUCUUCAGCACCUCCGACGCUCGCAGCCUGACUCCGCUGGCUGACGGAGGAGGCGUGGAUUACCUGGUGGGAGGGAGGUGGCUGGAAGAGGCCCAGAAGCUGCUGGUGGUCGGAGGGAAGAACAGCGGGGAUCUCCACCUGAUGGAGUGUGAUGACAAGGGGCUCCGUCUGCUCAGGAACUUGGAGGGCGGCCACUCCUCCACGGUGCGCUGCUUCCUGUGGGACGCAACGGGGGAGGCGCUGGUCACAGGGGGAGAAGACGCUCAGCUGUUGCUGUGGAAACCAGGAGGGGAGGAGCUCACAACGGGUAAAAGGGAGUCCAUGAAGAGCCAAUCAGCUUUGAGACUCAAAUCCAGACCACAUAAAAAACAUGGCUACCAGAGGCAGAAGAAGGCAACGUAACAAAGACCUAAGUGGACUGAAGGAACAUUUAAACUCCAAACAGUUCCACACAGACAUAAUUCACUAAACACAAUCCUGAAUCUGAAAAUCAUGUUACAGUUUGAAGCAGGUCUUGGAUGUGACCUCUGUCCAGGAUCACAGAUAUCUACAGUGAUAUAGAUACUUUUUUAUUGUUACAAACAGCUGUCCAGUCAUGUAAUGGAGAGAAAUUUGUCUCAUUAACAGGCUUAAUCCCAUGCAUGUUUAAACUCAGGACAGUUUUUGAUAGUAAAUAAAUACGCUCCUGCCCUCCUACGUGGUUAUAGUACUUAUAUCAUGAUUGACUGACUGCUACCACUCUCCAACAUCAAACUGGUAGUGUCCCACUAUAACUACUGGUAUUGCGUUGCUGUUUGACUGGCACAUGCCAGUUAAGAUGGUGUUGUCACUGGUGUUUUGUGCUGAAAUGAUGAGUACAUUAAUUUGGCAUUUGACAGAAAUUUAAUCAGCAAAUAUUUUGAUACUUGAUUAAUCCUUCACCUUUUUAAUUUUACAAAAAUGCCAAAAAAUUCUAAAGUUUCAGCUUCUCCAAAGUGAGAAUUUUCUGCUUAUCUGUUUUUUAUCAGAGUAAACUGAAUAUUAAUUUGGUUCUGGACUGUUGUUCAGAUGACACAAGAAAACAUUUGGUCUCUUUGGUCUCUGGAGAAAUGGGACGGACACAAUAUUUUGCUAUUUAUUAGACUACAUGAUAAGUUAAUUAAUUGAGAACGUCAUUUACAGAAUAUGGAAUGAUUUGCAGCCCUCACCAUCACACUGGUAUACUGCUGUUGUGGUAACUGUCAGCCUAAUAUAUGGUCCACUGACAUGUUCCACUUCCUACAUUAACAUAUAAUUAAAAUGACAUUUUGCCCUGUGGCAUAGAGUUUGUAUCAAGAAAGUAUUACACGCUGUUUAUUUGUAAUAUGAAACUGGAAGGGGGUAUUUCUGAGGUUUUCAUUCUUAAAUUAAAAUUUGAACAAGUUUGCGAAAUUUCCCAUUAAUAUUAUUAUUAUUAUUAUUAUUAUUAUUAUAUCAUUUUGUGUCAGUAAUAUUUCUCCUUUAAAGCUGCAGUGAUUCAUUCGUCCACCGGAGCCGCCCAGUACAGCGGGAUCACGCUGAGAGAGCAGGUAUCGCUCUCAAAUGGCAAAGAGUGGAAGAAUGUGUGUGUGUGUGUGUGACUCAGGUGAAAUCAUGCAGUGAUUCAGGUAGUUGAAGCAAACUCCCAUUCACAUUACAGACAUUCAGGACUCUCAGAAAUGUUUUGUGUUGACUCAGUGAUCUUUAUUCACAACAAGUUCACGGCUUUUUAUAGUGACUGAAAAAUAACACACACUGUUGCAUGGUGAUGAGACAGGCGGAGUCGCUGCAUUAAACAAAGCAGCUCAUUGAGGAGUUUCCUUUAUUUGUUUUCACAUUAAAAAAAAAAUCAAAUUUUCAUAAAAAAAAAA